AUGUUUCCGGACAGGGAUUGCAUCGACUCACUAGCACCCGGUAGAAUAUUGGAAUUCAUCGAUGUGCUGGAGGUACUCGCCAUGUGGGGUGUUUUGCGAUUCUACAACUUGGUACGUUCAGGCAUCACAUGGAAGGGCCCCGAGGCAAAAACCACUGCGUCGGCAGCAGCGACGACGGCAUAUCAUCACUGUAACGGCGGCAGCGGCAGCGACAGCAAACAGCGUCGCCUCAACUACGUGCCCGAUGUGCAGCGCAAACCGACCGGCUGUUGCUUCUUCGACUUCGACGAUUACGAUGAGGAUGACGAUGACGAGGAACUGGAGUGCGGCGAUGAUGAUUACGAUUAUGACGACUACUACUAUGACGAUGACGAUGAGGAUAGUUCCGAUUGCACGAUGCUCGGCGCCAUAUCAAUGCAUCAGAAACGUCAAUGCCACCGCACACUGCGACCGUCACAUCUACACGUACACACGCACUCAUCGCGACCGCGCAACAACAACAUACGCACUGUGUUGAUCAACAAACGGCAUCACAAGUACAAAAUCGCACAGCCGCAGACACGACUCGAGGUGAUCAACGAGUCGGAGCGUAGCGCGGGCAGUGGCAGUGACGAAAACGAUUCGUUGCUGGUCGCUUAUGAUAGCACAUCGUCGCUGGCGUCGGUUUGACAUUGGCCGGCGUGCGGUUGUAGUUGCUUUGGAAAUGCGCGAAAGAACGAUGGAAGCGGCAGCGGCGAUAAUGAAGCGGCAACCGCGACAGCCGACGGCGAAGCGGCCGAAUUGCAGCAAUUACAGUUGCAAAUUUGGCAGCAGCAAUGGCUACGACGUCAGCAGCGACGUCAACGCAAGUGGCAACGCAAGCUUCAGCGUCAGCGUCGAUGUCCAUUACGACGAGUCAACAGCGCUGUGAAUAUAGCGAUAAUGGUGCUGCUGGUUGUAGUCGAGAUAUACGCGCAAGUUUCGGUACUUUUGUAGAGAGUUUUGCGCAUUCAUUGUUUUACGUGUUUGAAAAUUUGUGAGCUUCCAAUUGGUCAUGAUGCACGCAUUUGUGGUCAUAGAUUACCCAGUAAUUACCAAUCUUCGAUCGAGAUUAAUAAGUUUUGCAAAAGUAAACCUCGAAUUAGCUAUGAGUUAUCACUGCUUCCCGUUUCUGCCGCUGCUUUACUAAAACGGUACAUUUGUUCAAAUCGCGAUGAAGGAAUAUCAAAUUGUUCCAUCUUACCGCUCGUAUCUCUAUCCGUUCGAGCAAUCCAAAUAUUUUUUAUCUUCAGUAUUAAAUCUGGAUGGGUGUAUGGAAAAUUGUAUACGUCUUUCCUUUUACUAUUUGGUUGAAAAGGGAGGAACAGGCAUCAAUCGGUGGAGGCUAAGCCAUCAUUGAGCUCAUAGUGCUCCCAAGAGAUACCCAAGAUACUAAAUAGUAACUCAGUAGAUUCGAUGAAACUGCUAAGCAUUUUCCGCGCUCGAUGUCACAUCAAUAUGCUCUACAUUCUGCCGUUCACCAUUUUCAAAAGCUUUAACUUCGAAAAUAUUUUCAUUGGAUUAAUCGACCGUUUUAAUAUGUGCUUUAUAAAGAUGAAAAGGUGUUUGGUAUACAGAACACCAAAUCUUCAAGCAAGACUUGUCUUAAUUUUCUACUCAUCAUGACAUUUCAGUUUGUUCGCUAAAUUUUUUUUACCCAACUGAAGUUCCGUUCAGAAAGCUUAUUUCUCGUCAUCUGAAGCUUUAAUCCAUGUUGGGCCUUUCGAAUGUUACUUUCAUGAUUGCAAGGCAUUUUGAAAAUGUUUUUGUAAGCUCACAUGACUUUUCUGUUAUUAACGGUUUUUUGACAAAUUUUGUUUGGCUAUUUAUUUAUUGCUUAAUCUGAAAACAUCUGUUAAUGAUGGAAAUUUUAGAUAAAAAACAGCCUUUUAGACCACACUUCUCUUCAAAAUAGAUCAUAAAAAAUCCUUCCCGCCAACAAGGCCAAUAAUUGAGCUUUCGCAAACUUUAUUAUUUUACCGAUACGUCUACCAUCUGUGGUCUCAACAUAUUUUAGAGAACUUCAUUUCGAGUAAUUCAAAUUGAUCUCCCUAAUUUAAAUCAAAAAUUGAUAUAAUUGAUAUCACAAUUGGUUAUACUAUUGGAUAGUCGAAAAGUCUUUUCGUAUUUCUAAUCAAAUUUUAACUUAUUUUUUUAUAUUUAUUGUAAAUCGGAA